AUGUUCGCUUUGAGCUCGACGAUGGAGGACUGCAUGAACUACAUCACCGAAGACGUCAUCAGCGAGGUUCGUUACGAUCUCGUCGACAGUGGAAAACUCGAGGAGACUGUUCUUCGCGAGCUCCAAGCGACUUGGAAAAGGAAGAUGAAACAAGCCGGACUCAUAAGCUCCAUCGGAGAAUGCUCUUAUGCUCCGAUUCCGAUUCCCACACAUACGCCUCUUCAGACUCCCGAUCCAAACUCUCUAUACGGGAAUUUUGAAAUGAAUGGUCAGUCGAAUCCGUCGAUGGUUAUGGACCUUAUGGCUUCCCCAAAGAGAGAACAUGAAGGGUUUUUUAUUCCACAGCAAGAUGGAGCUAACGAUGGAGAUUUUAAAGCAGAGGCAAACACUUCUAAUGAUGAGGAUGAUGAGGAGACUUUGAACGAGAAUGAUGAUGAGGAAGAGCCUGUUGAAGAUGAUAAGGACAUUCCACAUUUGGUCAUGUGCCAAUUUGAUAGUGUGAAGCGUUCUAAGAACAAGUGGGAUUGCAAGUUUAAAUCGGGCGUUAUGAAAAUUAAUGACAAAAAUAUCAUUUUCUCUAAGGCCGAUGGAGUUUUCAACUUCUAA